AUGGUGUUAUGGAGUGAGGAAGCAGUUGAGGAGGAAGAAAGUUGGAGAGAAGAAGAAGGUAGUAGAUCUGGUGAUGCUAGUGUAGCUGAGGGGCUGGUUAGGUUGAGGAAGAGGUUCCAAGAACAGACUCCUCCUAAAAGAGGAAGAGCUACAAGGAGUCAGAAGAUGCAGUGUGAGGCUAAACUUGAAAGAGCCUUAAAAAAGAGUAAGAGAAAAAUUGUUGCAAAGGGAAAGAAAAAAGGAACACAAGAAUUAAAAAUCUACCUCUUCUAUCCCUGUAGAGAUUCUCCUAAAAGAGGAAUAGCUGCAAGGAGUCAGAAGAAGCAGUGUGAAUCUGAACUUGAAAGAGCCUUAAAAAAGAGUAAGAGAAAAGUUGUUGCAAAGGGAAAAAAGAAAGUGAGUGAGCCUGUUGAGGUAAUUGAGAUUGAAGAGAUGGACCUGGUCCUUCAUGAUGAUGACAAGGCAAAGGAGGUGGAGGUUGUGACUCCAAAGGAAAAGAAAAGAAAGACUUCUAAAAAGAAGUCUCCUUCAAAGACUGUUGAUGCAGAGCCUUCUACCUUGGCAAAAAGAACCAGGUAUGCCAUGAAAUCUUUGAAAGUGCAAGUAGUGGAGGAAGAAGAAAGUGAAGAAGAAGAAGAAGAAGAAGAAGAGGAAACUGAUGAAGAACAUGAUAAGAUGGUAAAGUUUGGCAAGAGAACAAUCUUGAAGGGUAGACUCCUCAGAGACUUGGAAGAGGAAUGA